GAAAGGACACAAACCCAGAGACCAGAGUUACAUGUGAAAAAUAUACAAACGCGCCGUGAAAAGCACAUAUACAAGACCAGAGGAACGCCAAGAAGAGGGGGGAGAGAGAGAGAGAGAGAGGAAGAGAGAGGGGGGGAGAGAGAGAGCCCAUAUACCACCGUGAUUCCUUGAUUUUCUAGGUUGUGAGGGGCGAAGAUUAUUAUAAACAAUCUGUCCCCAAGGUUUCAAAGUAUCUUCUCAAACCCACAAAGGAAAAAAAGAUCGUUCCCAACAAUGACCGACGGGGGCUACUUCAAUCUGGUCAUAUAGAUUUGAUAGGAGGCAUAUGCAUGCAAAGUUUUCUACAACAGAUUCAGGUGAUAAUGUUAAUGCAGAGCUCUCUUCCUAGUUCAAUUGAAGUUGCUCUAUUUCAUGUAUCUGAUGAAGGAAAAGAAGAUGCUUUAUGUGACUGGAUGCCUAGUGCUGAAACUUGGCAGGAGUGCCUGAAAUGCAAAAAGUUCCCUCUUGACUGCUGUAGAAAAGUUGGAGCAAUGCAAGGGCAAGAGGAUAGAAGGAAUGAUGAUGUUCCAUGCAGCUCAAAUUGUAUAAGUAGCUUAGAUCGACCGUCAACUGCCAGUACAAUGACUGGAAAUACUGUGCCAAAUCUAGUUUACAGGAGAAAAAAGAUACGGAAGAAUUCAACUACACCCUUUUUAAAAUUAGGACCUAUGUCUAUGCCAGCAAGUGCCAAUUGCCAUUCAGUCAUAAACCCCUGUGCUCAUAGAUUAUCAUCAGAAGGUCAGCUGGUCAGUUCUCAAGUUGUGCAAGAUGUUGAAAUGGUUAAAGACUAUGUUGUACCUGUUGUCUUACGUGAAGCAGCAAUAGAUCAUGGUAUACCAAAAAAUUUAGGUAUUGACAGCAUUAAUGAUAGUUGCUCCAUAUCAAAAUCAAAUAUGGAAAUUGUUUCAGAUUCCAUAGAAACUGGAAUGGAUGACACUGGUGAAUGCUCCUCAUCUAGUGUACUAGUCAUAGAUGUCCCUUGGGAAGGCCUAGCAGCAAAGGAUUUCUGCAUCAAAAUUCUAAGAGGCCAUGGACUCCUUGGAGGAGAUUCUCAUGCUGAUACUAUAGCUUCUCAAGCACAGGCUGCUACCUCUGGUGAUAAUUGCAGUUCCCGGUCAUGCAAAAUAUGUGGUCAUUUAGACAGCUCAUCGAACAUGCUUAUAUGUGAUCAUUGUGAAGAGGCAUUCCAUCCAUCCUGUCUCAUUCCUCGCAUGAAAAAUUUACCAAUUGAUGAAUGGUUUUGUCAUUCAUGCAUAAAAAAGAAGCAAAAAGUACUUAAAGAGAGGAUUAUUAAAAGUUCACCAAAUAUCAACAGUGAAAUGGAAUUAGGCAGAUCUACCUCAGAAAAUGGAGGAUUGAAUCCUAUACUGUUGAUGUUGAAUGACUCUGAGCCAAGUACAAGUGGCGUACGGGUUGGUAAAGGUUUUCAAGCAGAAGUUCCUGAAUGGUCAGGUCCAAUAAGAAGCCACGAGGAUGGGAGCCCAGCAUUGCAGCAGGCAAUACAUGAUGAUGAUGACCGUGCUGAACCAAUGGAAAUUGGCUGUUCAGAAUCCUGUCUGCAUCAAAUGAAUCUCAAAAGGGCAACUAGACUCAGCUCCAUUGGUAAUUGGCUUCAGUGUCAGGAGGUUGUAGAUCGAGUCAAGGGAACUAUAUGUGGGAAAUGGCGCAGGGCCCCUCUUUUUGAAGUCCAAACUGAUAACUGGGAGUGCUUCUGUGCCAUACAUUGGGACCCAGCUCAUGCUGAUUGUGCUGUACCUCAGGAGCUGGAAACAGAUCAAGUUCUGAAGCAACUGAAGUAUAUAGAAAUGCUGAGGCCUCGACUUGCUGCGAAACGUUCAAAAUUUGACAGGAAAAAGGGUGGUGAAUGAAGAAUUUUGGGUCUGGUUUUAGUUUGAAGAGGUUUAAGUUCGGCUUUGGCCUUGUAUAUUGUAUGUUGAGGUCCUGCAAGGCAGAAUCUUUAGAUAAUAUCCCAUUUGAGAGGUCUCAGCAAAUUCAUAGUUAGGCUUUGUUAUGGAUUCAGAAUAGCUUCGUAAUGAAUAGAUCUCAUUGAAUAGGUCUGUAAUUUGAUGCUUCUGCAUAUUUUCUCUUUUACUAGAUGCUUGUUACAACAAAAAUGGAGUGCUUGUUAUCAAGUUCUCCAAUAAAAAAUGAUAGGUGAAUUUUUGUAUAGCUCAACAUCGUGAAAUUGGGUUAUUCAAUUUUUUUUUUCUUGUU